AAAGCAGGAAGCGACACUGGAUCGUCUGGACUGAGAGCCUCAUGUGUUCAUAGUAUCGAAACUCCACGAGUAGGCUGUUUGUUUUGGGCGUUGGAGAAAACACGUGGGAGAAAUAUACAUAGCCUAUAUAUAGAGGAGUCUGAGGGCAUGGAGCGGCGCUUUUAAACUGUCCGUUAUGGAGAUGACAAACGAAAAGGUAGCCUGUCAAGUCCACGCAGUUUUAAUGGAGCCGGAGCCAGAGCCAGAGCCCGAGCCCGUGAGCCGUCUGAGGACAAAGUACCGCUCACUGCGGCGACAGGUGUGCCUCAUGCAGUCCAUCAGCGUGCUCUUCUGCUUCAGCUGCUGCCUGUUCACGCUCCUGUAUCACGCGUUCCUGCCGACCUGCAAGGAAAAUGGAACCAAGGAGGCACUUACAUUUGGAAUGCAGUAUCAAGGUGCUGAAUCGCAUAGCAGAGAAGAUACAAUCCCGACAGAAAGAAGCACAUCUUUCACUCGCUUGACAGUUAAAGACAAUGUCAGGUUCACUAAAGAAGAAGGAUAUGUGCCGUGGAUGUAUACACCAGAGUAUCCGAAACCAAACCAUACCAGAUACUUCAUCCUGGAUGACGAUAAUGAAUCUCUGAAAGUCCUUCAAGGCGGAACAUACAAGGUUUCUCUUCAGAUUACAUACAGAAAAUUCAGUGAAAACACAGGGGAAAUAUUUCUGCAACAUGAUAUUCGUCAUUAUACUGAUGAAUAUGAUAGACCCCUGCCCCUGCUCACCCACUGGGAAACAGUCAACCUCAAAUACUGGAGGAAAAGUCUGUUCUCUGAGGGUAUUUUUUCUCUCAAAUCUGGGGACAGACUCAAGGUGUGGUCCAAGAAUCGGAACCUCAUUGACGUUGGAGGGACAAUUUCGCAAAAAACAGCCUUUGUGGCAUAUCCUCAUUUUUCCACAUGAGGAUACGGCGAAUAUAGAAAUCACAAAAAAGGCCAUUUCUUUUGUAGCUUUGCAUAAAAAUCAAAAGGGCUGCCAUGAAGUAUCACAUUCAUCUGAGACGACCUUAUGGUCUAAACAGAUUCUUCUUCUGUCAACAGAAUAAUUUGAAUCUCAGAUUUAUUUAUGCUAUAAUCAAUAGCAGAGGUAUGUACAGAAGAAAACCCUUAUGAAAAAAUACUGCGAUACAGUAACGGUGUCACAAGGUAAUACCAGGGUACUUUGAUAUCAACUAUGGUACUGAAAAUCAUUCCUUCUAGGGUAGUUUUUCAAGAAUAUCAUGGUACAUGUAAAACAGCAUGCUAAUAACAUAGUAUUUUUUGGUAUUUUCUUUUGUAUGAGAAGACUGUUCUGCUUCACGGCUGGGGACAAAACAGGCAUUGGCUUGGGUUUUUAAAACAUUUUUAAGCACUACAACUGUGGAGGAAUUGUAAUUUAGUAAUGAAGUUGUAUUUUUGUUUCAUUUUGAUUGAAUUUGGUACGAAAAUAUACCGUUGUAUGCAUUAACACACUUUAUA